GAUCCAUGUAUCAAAGACAAGGCUUUAACAGAAAUAUCAAAACCAGAAGCAGCUUGCAAGCAAUGUUAGUUACACUUAUUUUUUUAUAAGAAACUGGCUAUUAGAAACAAGUACUGGACAGUCAGAAAAAUUAAGAAACUUCAGUACUCGAAGCAAAAAUAUUAAGAAACUAUUUAAUCGUGAUAAAACUGAGAACAACGAAAUUUUGUAAAAUCAAAGAACAAGAUUGCCCUGUUGGCCUAGAACUUAAGACACAAGGGAUGAAAAUAUACUUUCCAUAUCUAAAUACAGCAUCGGAAUGGAUUUGUGGGAUGAUGCCUAUGCGAACUUCAGUCUCACAGAUACCCCGAAUCUGACUACAUUAGAUCCCUGUCAUCUCCCCGAUAUCAUCUUCAUGCUGAUGCUGAUGGACACAUGGAAAGAACUUUUGGCAAGCUAUCGAUCCAUGUAUCAAAGACAAGGCUUUAACAGAAAUAUCAAAACCAGAAGCAGCUUGCAAGCAAUGUGGAUGAAAGAUGAAGAAGUUCAUCUCUGCCCACUUUGUAAUAACAAAUUUUCACAGAUCAGGCGAAAACAUCAUUGUAGACAAUGUGGCAGGAUCUUUUGCAGUAAAUGUUGUGAUAGCAAGGUCUCCUUGUCUCAAUUGGGUUAUGAUGAGCCUCAGCGGGUUUGUGAGUCCUGUGCUCCAGUUUGUGAAAUUAUGUCAAAGGCAAGAUCACCCCAGUUUGCCAAAAAGCUAGAGGCUGCUCAGUCACUUGCCCAGAUGACCAAAGAAAUUGAAAGUUUAAUCAAGGUUGUUGAGUUGGGUGGAAUACAGACACUUAUAUACCUGAGCCAAAGUAUCAACGAUGGGAUCAAGGCCUCAGUUGCUGAUGCCAUUCACACGCUUGCAACUCAAACUGUUCUUCACCCACUACUUGUAAGAUGUGGUGCAAUAAAAGCCAUAUGCAGUAUGCUUUCUGCAGUUGAUGAAAGUCAGGAAAAAACGCUCAUCGAUGCUGUCAGUGCUCUCAUGAUUUUCUGUAAAUCAGAUGACUUGAAAGCCCAAGCUGUAUCUGAUGGUGCAUUACACCCAGUUUUGUCACUCUGUGAAAUGAAGGAGCACAUUGCCUUACUCGCUAUUAUGACGUUGAGCCUCAUUGUUGAGCAUCAAGCAAAUCUAGCCGCCCUUGUAGAGGAUGGAAAAGGGUCUCUUCAAAAAAUAGUAACAUUAACCUCGGCAAAAGAUGAAAAGAUGCAAGAAAUUGCUUUUAAGAUUUUGGCCUCGCUCUCAUUAGGAACAGAUUGGCAACGUCAUCGUAUUGUUCAGGAAAAUUACGUAAACAACAAAUGUUUUGUUGAAGCGAUUCGAAGAAAGCCGAAGAACCAGCAGGUCCUGGUCAAUGCAGCAUGUUUAAUUGGGAACCUUUCAACUUGUGAACAAGAUCAGUCAUCCUUGCGAGAAUGCCUGGAGGCUAUCUGCACAUUGGUGACGUCACAUCCUCAACAAAAAGAUAUACAACUGCAAGUAUCCCGUGCCAUCGCGAACUUUUCGAAAUACCAAGUAAACUGCAUUGCUCUAGUGAAUCAUUUGUCCGAUUUUAUUGCUGUCCACCUCAAGUCCAAUGUUGCUGAAAUACGAACACAUGCUGUUAGAUCUAUUAUUCAUCUACUUUCUCACGCAAAAGAAGAAGUCUUGACUGUUCUGAGAAGAAAUGGCUUGGAAGACUUGCUUUCCAUCUUAAUCGACGUCAAUGGAAUUACUGAUGCCAUUCAAAACGUUCUGCUACAGUCUGUUAAAGAACGCAAUAGACCGAUGUCUUUGUGAUGUUCAUGCUAUUUGGUGGUAUUCGCUAUAAGAUGUCGUUUUUUCAUGCACAACACGAUUUCUGUGAUUGAAUCUGGGAGCAAAUCAAAUAGACAGGUAUAUAAUUAAAAAGAUAUUUUUUGUAUAUUUUUAAUCAAUGCAUACGUCAAUAGAGAGUAUAUGAAAUAAUAAACUGUAAAUAUUAAGUGAAGCCCGUAUUCCGUUAUCCGUUGAUAAAAAAGGUUGAGGCAGGCUUAGCUAAAACGUAGGCGAAAUUUGCCCACGGGUUUUCGCAUCAGCAUGUGACGUUUUACAUUGCGUGUGACAUCCUGGAUUGCACAAGAUGCGCGUUCCGUAUCUUUGCAUGCGCGUUCCUAUAUACUUUGAAGUUUUAUAACCGAAUAGAAUUUUGCAGUCAGCUCAACGUUAUUACAGAAGGGGCAGCCAUUGCUAGCACAAGAUAAGCUUCUUUUUCACAUUGUUUAUAAUGGUGAUACUUCUGAAGCAUACUAUAAAGACUAGCAAAGCCUGAUGGAACAGUUGUGGUACAGUUCUCUAGGUUCGGUAAAGAGUCUAGGUGUCCAAAUGACCGAGAAACUAUUACCGAAAAAAGUCUUCUUUUUUAUUGUAAUUUUAUGAAGAAACGAAUGACUAUGAUAUAAGCUAUAUGAUUGUAGAAAUCUUUGCAGGGGGUUUACGAAAAUGGGUAUUUUAUAUCUAUACUUGCUAGUGUCUAUGGAUAAUUUUGCAAUUGUAGUUUUUUAGAAGAAUGAUAGAACUGAUGAACCUGUAUUGGAAUCAUUUCAUAAGUGUAAAAUUUAAUCUUUUUGUGAUCGUCAUGACAUUAAAAAUUACUUUGAAAAAUCAAACUAGAAAAUUUACAAAUACCUUUUUACUACGACAGAAAAUUAAUAGUAAACGUUUAUUGCAUUUUUCAACAAGCAGUACACAACUCUUCACUUUUUUGUAGUUUUGUGACCUAAGAUUAUCGAUGCAGCGAUAUUAUAAAUACAUUUCAUACAAUCUUAUGUGAAAAUUUCGUCGUUGAUUUAUCAAUAAAAUCAAAUGACUAAAUUAAUAUGAGCAACCCUAGGAA